CCUUAAUUGUGCUUUCGCGAAGUACUGGACAUAUAUUGCGCAAAGACUUCAACCGUUGCAGAAACAGAGAUGUUCGAACCAUGGCGGCUGAAUCACGUCGACAUACCUCGCGACCGGGUACUUAGCCCUUGGAUUCGGCCGGAUUAUCUCACCUGGGGUAGAAAGGGCGCUCCAGUAUCGGUCUCAAUGGAUUGCGAGGAGCGUUUCUUCUCACGCAAAAUCAAAUUUCAUUCUGGGCAUUUUGAGGAUGGGGCGGUGAGUUUGCCUUAAUAAUAUCAAGAGGAGAAUUUAUUUGACGUUAGAACGAAGCGGAACUAAGCCCGUCGCCUGGACAUACAAUACAUCAACCGGCAACAUUGUAUCAAAGAAUAAAAUAUUAGUGAGUAUACCGCCUCAACAAAAGACAGCAAGUGACCGUUGAAUCCACCUGCAGGUCGUGAAAACGAAAUAUGUUUCGCAACCAAAUAUGCAGCGGAUGGAGCUAUCUACCACGGAAGGAUGUUCCUAUGAGUAGCGAACGAAUCAGAGAAUGGUGAGGCAUCUUCACCAGGCAAGAAUGAUUAAUCUAAUCUACAGUUUUCCUAGAGCACGAUCCGAGGAGCAACAUACGACACUACCUCCUACAAACUAUACGAUCAACAGUAUGCAGCUAGUGGCAACCUUCGCCUACUUGACUCACGACCGCAGGCGGGAUUUUAAGCUGCGUAUUACAGAUCCAAACCUGCCAGAGCUUGUGCCGCUGCUCAGCCUUCAUUCAUAUAUUUUUUCGCCAAUUCAAAGAGAUGGACGAGGAGACAGAUAAGGCAUGGCCUUCGGACCAGAUUCCCACGAUUGAAGCCGUCCGCGAAGAGCUCCGGGAUGGCCGAAGGCGCGCAACGUACGGCAACGUCACAGACGAAUACUGUGCUGACUUCACGGCGCGCAAAUAUCGAGCUGAUGAACGAAGACGAGGUGGAGAAGGCCUACGGCGAGCACAACCGCGGCACUUGGGGGCAGCGCUGCCGUUGGCGGGGCAUCAUGCUGAUAACCUUGCCAGAUACUUGCAGGAACUAACGCUAUCGGGCAUUAAAGGUGAUGGAUGGCAGGACCUCUCGCAGGAUGCAUUCUGCCACGGGGAAUAGUCUACUUUGUUGUUGCCGUGGCCUAGUUCCUAGAUUGACGUUGGUAGCCCCUUGGAUUUGAAAGGCAUGGAGUACCAGUGAAAUACCAUAUUUGGAUCGGUUCCCAUUGUCGUUUACAUUUCACGGGUCUACGAUAACUUGCCAAUCUGGGAACUCGCGCACGGGAUUUUUUGAGCAUUGUGAUACUUUCAUUACAGUGCGUGCAGCAACGCAGACUCGGUCUUUGAGAUAUUCCAAAGAGUGUGGUAUUGCGCAUUACCCAUCCUGAACAGGGAGCGGGUGCCAAUGUGAUGGGAUGCAAGAUUUCUCAAAUGGUCUAGUCACUGGUCAUUCUCUUUGUCAAC